GAACUUCUUGUUUACUCCCCAACAGAUGAUCGUUCUAGCAGGAAUCAUGUGAUUUGGUAGAUUGUUGUGGUAUCUUGUCUUUUGGGAGGAUCUCAGGGGUGACAUACAGUGCUGUAACAAGUGUUUGCUGAUUAUUUCUUCAAAAUUUCAAUUAGUUUUGUAGAAUCUUGGAAUGGCGACGGUUCAGAUACAAAAGAGUGGUGGACAACCGUGGGGAUUUCGGUUAGCAGGAGGACGGGAUUUUAAUGUACCACUUCAAGUAAAGAAGGUUGAAUCUGGUAGUCCAGCGGCUGGUGUUUUAUCUGCUGGUGAUUCUAUAAUAGGUAUCGGAAACUCCGAUGCCAGGGAAAUGACCCAUAUGCAGGCACACCAGACAAUUCGAGGAUCAGGGAAUUAUCUACAGCUUACAGUUGUUAAAGGACACGGCGGUAUGGAUAGACUAUCUUCUAUAAAACCAAAAGGUCCCGUCAAAUUUUCACCAUGGAAAGCGCAAUCAGCACAAUAAACAUAUACUUAAAUGAUUAGUAGUAAGUCAUCAAGCCAUUCCUUGAACAGUCAACAAGUCAGAGACGUAUCAAGAAGAAUAACUAGUUGGAAAUCUAUUUGGAAUCUUAAAUUUGUGGAGGUUCAAUUCGAAAAUGUAUAUUAUCUGUUUUUUGUAUAUAUCAUCACGAAGUUGUGUGUAGUCAUUUCAAUUUGUAGUGAUAUAAAUUAGGACCACUACGCUAUGCUUUUAUUAUUGGAUUCGUCAUUCGCUUUGGAACAAGGAAUGUGUUGAUUCAUAUUCAGAAAUUCAUUUGAAAUCAAGGUUUCAAAAAAUCGACAUUUAUCAGUGGUUCCAAAAAAGGGGGACAUUAUUUCCCCCGAAACUGACCCUUGGAGAAAAACAUUAAUUUCAUAUCUGUUUGGUGUUUAUUUUUCAUAUUUCAUUUUAUCAUCAGUCGUCGUACAAGGCCGUUACGUGCAAUAAAGGAUGUGAAUUUUAUCGUUUUUGGUGUAUAAUUUAACUUUUGAUAUAUAUGAUACAUAUUUAUAACAUUGUUAAAUGAAGGAAAGUUUUUAUUGUAUAAUUUGUUUAGAUAAAAUAAAGAUUUUGUAAGUGA